UCUUAUUGUAUGAAUAUAAAAUAAUAAAUCUGUGUUCAGUGAGACAUGAAGUUAAAGAGAUGUUUCCUUUCCAGACAGUAAUGAUGGCUGAAAUCGCUGCACUGCUCUUCAAGGGCUACGGCUUUCUGUGCCAGCGUACUACUCCGGAGUUCCAGUUUGCGGCGCUCACCCCCUAUUACCUCCUAACGCUUGCUGAUAUUCUGAGGCGAAAGCCACUGGACCAAUCAAAUCAGACCACAGCUUCAAAUCAUCCAAUCAGGGGUUGUCUCUAAACUUGGUUUUCUACUGAACUGUCUGAGUUCCUAACAUCACUAUCACUUUGUUUGUACAAGAACGAUGAUCACACUCUUUGUUGCUCUUUGUCUCUUAACAUCAGUGAAACCUUCUAACAUCAAGGAGAUUCAAGUUAAAACAAUACAGAUUGUAGAAGAUGUUACUAUAAAAUGCGGCGUGUCCAGUGACAAAGAUAACCUUUUUUGGUUCAAAAAGAGUUUUGGAAAGGUUCCUCAGUUGUUAGGGAGAACAGUGGGGAAAGAUUUCAGACCUAAUGAUAAACGCUUCAGUUUUAGUGAUGUAAAAUUGUUUAAUCUGAACAUUACAAAUGUGACAGAAGAGGAUACAGGAACAUACUUCUGUGUAGAAAUGCUGAACACUUCACCAGACUUUACAUCUGGAACCCUUUUGGUUGUUGAAGAUGAGGAGAGGAAACGAUCUCCUCCAGCUGUAACGGUGUUGGAGAACGGAGAGUCGCUCACACUCCAGUGUUCAGUACAAGCCAUUACUUCAAGCUGUGAAGAACCGAGCGUGUACUGGUUCAGACACGGCUCAGGAGAAUCUGAUCCAGGAAUCAUUUACACUCAUGGAAACACCAGUGAUGAGUGUAAGAAGAGCUCUGAGGCUGGUUCUCCUCCACAGAGCUGUGUCUACACUCUCCCCAAGAGGAAGCUCACAACCUCUGGUAAAGAAAUGCUCUACUGUGCUGUGGCUAAGUGUGGACAAAUCCUCUUCAGGAAUGGAAUUAUACUUUUAUAUCCAGAGAAAAGUUGUUGUUUCCAGAUUCAGGUGAUGAUCUUUCUUUCCAUGUUUAGAGUUGGAGUUCUUGCCUUUCUCGUUAUUGUCUUUACAAUCAUUUUUUGUCGUAAAAAGAAAUAAAAAGAAUUGACUCCCCGAUCAGAGCAAACGCACUGAUCCAUGAUGCUGCAUUACUGAGCUUUUGCUGCCUCCAGAAAAAGUUUUUUUUAAUUUGUUUUUCAAAAAUCACGAUAAAAUUAAGUCACGAUCACGAUAAUACAAGAAAGAAAAAAAUUAAUAAUGCAUGGUCUCUUAGACUUUUUGUAGAAAUUGCUUUGUUUUUCUACCUAGAUUUUUUAAUUUUAUUCAGUUAAUCGGCUAAAAUCUAUAAUAAAUAUAAAAUCCCAAAGUCCUCUUUAUUUCUGGGAUCUUAAUAUUCCAUCUUGGUCUGUGAUUUCAUUGACAUUUUGCUUGUAGUUUUGUAUUUUGGCUUUAAUAUAUUUUUAAAAGAUAAAAGUCUCAGAUGUUUCACUGUCAUGUAGAGCUGCAAUGAAUGUACUGAAUAAAUACUAACUCAACUGUACUGAAAAAUAAAUUGUUAUUCAAUACAUGAUUUAAAU